GAACAUGAACAGGUGUCUGAUUGAAUCUUUUGACGAAAGACGCAAUUUCUGGGAUUCAAGUUUCACGUUCUUUUCCUCUAUUUUUCGUGUCAGUAAAAGCUUGGUCUCACUGCAAAAGGGAAAAAGAGAGAGAUACAGACACAGUAUAAAAAUACAACCUUUUUCUGUUUUCACCAGUCCCAACAAUACUCAGUUUCCGUUUUUCUUCAUUCUCUUACACCCGUUAUUUUGCUUCUUUCAGUCGCCAUCUUAAGGUUCUUUUCAUUUUAUGUUAUAUUCCGUUGUGAAAAAUUUCAAUCCUUGGUAACGCAUGGACAUUGAAAGUGAAAGAAGUAUGUUUUUUUGUCUGCUUCUAUCUGGGGUCUGAGCUAUUUUUCUCGCCACAUUCUCUUUAUUUGUCUUGAAGUAACACGCGGUAUUCUCUCUUGUGGGAUUCAUGGGUUCUACUUCCAUAUUCAAAAAAAAUCUUUCCUUGAUGGGUUUUUAGGAUCAUGUUAGGGUAAGAGUCUGUCCGAACUUGUUUUUUGAGACUUUCACCUUGUUUCUGAGUGAGUAUUUUUGUCCAUUUCAAAUCUGGGUUCCAUCUGUUUGUUGAAAAACCCCAAAGGGAAAAAGGUUUUCGUAGGUGAAUCGAGUUGAGGCAAAGAAUGAAGGAUUUUCCAUCCUGUUUUGGUGAGAACGGGGUUCAAGUUGCGGAUUCUUCCUCUUCAAGCGCUAAUAAAAGUGCCCAGAACGUGGUUACUUGUGUUUAUCAAUGCAGGGUUGGCGGAAGUUCCUGCCUGAUUACUGUCACAUGGAGUAAGAAUUUGAUGGGGCAAGGUCUUGGUGUAGCGAUCGACGAUUCCUCAAGCCAGAGUCUUUGUAAGGUGGAUAUCAAACCGUGGGGAUUUUCCAAGAGGAGAGGAUGUAAGAGUCUAGAGUUUCGUUCUUGUGGAGUUGACGUGUAUUGGGAUCUUUCUUCGGCUAAAUUUGGUUCCAGCCCGGAACCUUUGGGGGGAUUCUAUGUUGCAGCUGUAGUAGAUGGACAAAUGGUUCUUCUUCUGGGGGAUUUGAAGAGAGAAGCUUUCAAGAAGACCAAUGCCAGCCCAUUACCCCACAAUGCAUUUUUGAUUGCCAAGAAAGAACAUGUUUUUGGUAAGAAGUUGUAUGGUACCAGAGCUGUAUUUUGUGACAAUGGCCAAAUUCAUGAUGUUGUGAUUGAGUGUGACACUGUAAGUGUUAGUGAUCCGAGCCUUGUAAUUCGCAUAGACAGCAAAACAGUGAUGCAAGUGAAUCGGUUGAGAUGGAAGUUCAGGGGGAAUCACACUAUUCUGGUAGAUGGCCUUGCAGUGGAAGUUUUCUGGGAUGUUCAUAAUUGGCUCUUUGGUACAUCCCUUGGAAAUGCUGUCUUUAUGUUCAGGACAAGCCUGUCCGCUUUGGACAAGUUGUUGGCUAGCCAACCGCCUUCUGAUUUGCCGUGGUCUUUCUCUGAGAGAUUUCCUGAGACCAAAUUGCAGGGUCCUGGUUUCUCGCUUAACUUGUAUGCUUGGAAGAGCCAAUAGAUAUGCAGAAAUCCAUCACAUAUAGAGUACUAACAGACCUCUCAGUGAUAUUUGGUUUUUCAACCGUGUGAUCGAAACAUUGUUGAGUAAAAAUGAGUGCUUUUGUUUCUCUCAUUCCCUUGUCAAAUUCAUAUCCUGUUUAGUUGAGCUGAGCUAUUUGAACAGAUCAGAAACUUUUUUUCCCUCUGAAAUGGCUGUACAUUUGUCUUCAAUUGGCAACUUUAUGGUUCAUAUUACUAAGAAUACAAACUUUACAGUAUGUUUAUUCAAUUACAUCUCUAUUCUGUUUAAAUCAGUAAGUAUUACCUACUUUUCCCUGUUCUGGGUCUUCAUAUGUUUUGACUUUAGUAUUUUACUUACAAUUGAUGAUUCAUUCCAUGAAGCAACGCAAGGCUUUUGCAUUAUAUUGCUAACACCCAGGUACUAAGAAGGCCAUAACAUUGAAUGACUGGUAAACUUAGCAGAGCUGAGGAUGAAGAUGAAGAUAGUGCCAAGAUCUCCAAAAUAUCAAAACUCCCUUUAGCAACCAUCUGAAUUUUUAAUGUACCUUAGGGAACUGAGAUGCUGAUGAAGCUGUCAUCAGCCUGGAGGAUUUAUAGUUGUUUUAUGUGCUGUGAUGGGGCAUGAAUAUGAAUAUAUUUUUGCCUUUGUAGGAUUGCAUACUCUGAUGUCUGAUAAUCAUUAGCAAAUUUGAUAUAACUAUAUUCAUGUGCUGGCUAGUGAAUCAUUAUUGCAUAUUUUAAAUCUUUCCAUUGUUGAACCUCUCUUGCC